AUGUCAACCAACGCGGUGGAGGACCCGGCCCAGGUUCCCAUGGUAGCAGCAGCAUUUAUGGUCCCUGGACAGGGCCAUGUGAUCUUUGAGGAUGUGGCUGUGUCCUUCUCCCAGGAGGAGUGGGGUCUCCUUAACAAUGCUCAGAGACUCCUGUACUGUGACGUGAUGCUGGAGAACCUGUCACUUAUAGCCUCCCUGGGUUGUUGGCAUGGAGUAGAAGCUGAGGAGGCCAUUUCUGAACAAUGUGUUUCUGUGGAACAAGUGACGGAAGACAGGAAUCCAAAGCUGGAGCCAUCUAUCCUGAAGCCUCUGACUUCUGAUACGAGUGUCCUGGCGGAGAAAGAUGUUUUGUACUUGGCUGACAAUAUGUUCACAUGCGGAGAGGUUGAGAAGGCUUUCCUAGGCAGCUUGGGCUUUCCCCAGCACCAGCCUUCCCACAAUGGCGAGCAUCCACGUAGAAGCAGUCAGAGCAGGGAGGUCUCUCACCCUGGGCAAGGGCAUCACAAGUGCAGCGAAUGUGGCAAAGCCUUCAGUAAAAAGUUUAAAUUCACGGAGCACCUGAGAGUUCACACUGGAGAAAAACCUUAUGAGUGCAGUGACUGCAGGAAGUUCUUUAGACACAGCUCCAGUCUUAUUCAUCAUCGGAAAAUUCACACAGGAGAAAGGCCUUAUGAAUGCUGUAAUUGUGGGAAAGUCUUUGCCCACAAAUAUAAACUUUUUGAGCACCAGAGAAUCCACACUGGAAAAAGACCAUAUGAGUGUAAUGAAUGUGGGAAAGCCUUCCUUCGCAAGGAUUCGCUUGUUCAGCACCAAAAAAUCCACACUGGAGAAAAUCCUCAUAAGUGCAGUGAAUGUGGAAAGUGCUUCCUGUACAAAAAUAACCUUCUUGUGCACCAGAGGAUCCACAGUGGAGAAAGGCCUUAUGGGUGUAGCAAAUGUGGAAAGUCCUUUGUCUUCCAAAAAAGGCUUCUUUAUCACCAGCGAAUCCACACUGGAGAAAGGCCUUACAUGUGCAGUGAAUGUGGGAAAGCCUAUGUCUACAAAGGAAGUCUUAUUGUGCAUAAGAGAAUUCACACUUUAGAGAAGGCUUAUGGGUGUAACAAAUGUGGGCAAUUCUUUACAAGCAGUUUUGCCCUCAAUAGACAUGAGAAUGUUCACACUGCACGAAGGUGUUAUGAGUGCAGCAAAUGUGGGAAAGCUCUCAAUGGCAAAGUCAAACUUGCUGAGCACCAGAGAAUCCAUACUGGAGAAAGACCCUAUAAGUGUAAUGAAUGUGAGAAAGCCUUCAUGCGCAAGUAUACACUUGUUCAGCACCAAAAAGCCCACACUGGAGUAAAGCCUUUUAAAUGCAGUGAAUGUGGGAAGCCCUUCACUUACAAAACAAGUCUUGUUGUCCACCAGAGAAUCCACACUGGAGAAAGGCCUUAUAUGUGCAGUGAGUGUGGGGAAGUCUUUGUCUACAGAAGAAGUCUUCUUGUCCAUCAGAGAAUCCACACUAGAGAAAAGCCUUAUGAAUGUAGUUCUUUGUAA